AUGUCGAAUGUUGAAGAGAUGAGCGAUAGGGCUAGGGCGUACCCCUCAGGCGACGCGCAGGGCAGCACCGGCCUGUGGGAAGUGGACAAGGGUUUUUGCACCAACCUGGGCGGGUGCAAUGUAUUUGUGGGAGGAGACUUUAAUGGCCAUGUUGGCAGAAUGAGAGGGAAUUAUGAAAGAGUGCAUGGAGGGUGGGGGUUCGGUUGCCAGAACGACGAGGGUGAAGCCCUGCUACAGGCUGCUACUGCGUUUGACCUAGCAGUGGUAAAUACGUGGUUUCAAAAGAACACCGAACAUCUAAUCACCUAUAAAAGCGGUCACCACGUGACACAAAUAGAUUACUUUUUGGUCAGACGCAGUAGUUUAAAGAACAUCAAAGACUGCAAGGUGAUACCAGGCGAAGCUGUAGUCUCGCAGCACCGACCCCUAAUUAUGGAUGUGAUUUUAACUUCCCGGCCAAAAGCCAAAGAGAGACGGCCCCCCAAAAUCAAAUGGCAUCUGUUGGGGAAGGCUGAGUUGGCCAGGAAUUUAGAAAAGUAG